CCGAGCUGAUGCGCAGAUUCGAGGUGGUGUUCCGACUGCCGGCGACCGCCAAACACGUGGCCGUGCGCGAUAUCAAGGCCGAGCACAUCGGCAAGCUGGUGCGUCAGGGCAUCGUGACGCGGGCCACCGAGGUCAAGCCCAUGCUGCAGGUGGCCACCUACACGUGCGACCAGUGCGGCGCCGAGACGUACCAGCCGAUCAACUCGCCGUCCUUCAUGCCGCUGCUGAUGUGUCCCAGCGAGGACUGCCGCGUCAACAAGUCCGGAGGCCGGCUGUACGUGCAGUCGCGCGGCUCCAAGUUCGUCAAGUUCCAGGAGAUCAAGAUCCAGGAACACAGCGACCAGGUGCCGGUGGGCAACAUCCCGCGCUCGAUGACGAUCGUGUGCCGCGGCGAGCUGACGCGGCUGACGCAGCCCGGCGACCACGUGGCCGUGACGGGCAUCUUCCUGCCCGUGGCGCGCGCCGCCGGCUUCGCUGCCCUCACCGCCGGCCUGCUCAGCGACACGUACAUGGACGCGCACCGGCUGAUCCAGAUGAACAAGACGGACGACGACGAGGCCGACUGUGACCUGCUGACCGAGGACGAGAUCCGACUGGUCUCGCAGGACGACUUCUACGAGAAGCUGGCCCAGUCGAUCGCGCCGGAGAUCUUCGGCAUGGAAGACGUCAAGAAGGCGCUGCUGCUGCUGUUGGUCGGCGGCGUCGACACCAACCCCAACGGCAUGAAGAUCCGCGGCAGUAUCAACAUCUGCCUGAUGGGAGACCCGGGCGUGGCCAAGUCGCAGCUGCUCGGCUAUAUCGACCGUCUGGCUCCCCGCAGCCAGUACACGACGGGUCGCGGCUCGUCGGGGGUCGGACUCACGGCGGCCGUCAUGAAGGACCCGCUCACCGACCAAAUGGUGCUGGAGGGCGGCGCCCUGGUGCUGGCCGACCAGGGCAUCUGCUGCAUCGACGAGUUCGACAAGAUGGCCGACCACGACCGUACCGCCAUUCACGAGGUCAUGGAACAGCAGACCAUCUCCAUCGCUAAGGCGGGCAUCAUGACGUCACUGAACGCCCGGGUCUCCAUCCUGGCGGCCGCCAACCCGGCCUACGGCCGCUACAAUCCCAAGCGCUCAGUGGAGGCCAACAUCCAGCUGCCGGCGGCGCUGCUGUCCCGCUUCGACCUGCUCUGGCUGCUCAUGGACAAGGCCGACCGCGACAAUGACCUCAGGCUGGCCCAGCACAUCACGUACGUGCACCAGAACUGCGUGCAGCCGCCGACGCAGUUCGAGCCGCUGAGCAUGCGGCUCAUCCGGCGCUACGUGGCGCUGUGCCGGCGCAAGCAGCCGCGCGUGCCGGAGAGUCUGGCCGAGUACCUCGUCAGCGCAUACGUCGAGCUGCGUCGCGAAGCCCGCAACAACAAGGACAUGACGUUCACCUCGGCUCGCAACUUGCUGGCGAUACUUCGCCUGUCCACGGCGCUGGCCCGUCUCCGUCUGGUGGACACGGUGGAGAAGGAGGACGUCAACGAGGCCAUGCGGCUGCUGGAGAAGUCCAAGGACUCGCUGAACUGCGACGUAGAGAGCCGCGCACCCGUCUCUACCGCCAACGCCAUCUUUGAGCUGGUGAAGGGGCUGGCCGGCGUGGCCGGCACGGUGCGGCUGGCCGACGUGCAGGAGUUGUGCGCCAGCAAGGGCUUCACGCCCGACCAGAUCGAGCAGUGCCUCGACAGCUACCAGGACCUGAACGUGUGGAUGCUGAACCAAGGCCGCACCCGGCUUACGUUCGUCUGAGCGGCGCGCCGGCUCCCGUCCUCCGCAGCUGCCGCUCGUCGCCUUUGUACGUCAUUUUGUGCGGUUUGUACGAGGCGCGCCGAUCUGCGGGCUGGCUGGCGAGCGUAGUAGCGGCGAAACCAGCAACCCAGUGAGUUGUAGGAGGUGCCGCCCGCGCGUCCCGAGCCGCGACCGCGCGCCGAACAUCCGCCGGCCGCAGCGCCGCGCCGUGCGUUUCUUCUCCUGACAUUGGUUCUUUAUGUUCGCGUCUGCGGGUGUAGCUGAAUCGGCGCGAUGGGGCCGCGCCCCCACGGGUGCAUGAGGUGUGUGACCAGACUUGUACCGGGUCAGCGUCCGAUCCCCCCUCGCCCGCCUCUGUCGCCGCCGGCUGGGCUGAUGCCCGCGCCCCCACACCACAUCGAUGAUGCGCCUUGCCCGUCAACGCCGACGCUGUUGUUGCCAACGCUGUUCGACGCCUCUUAUGGAAUACACGCCUCGAUAAAUA